AUGGCUCGGCAGCAUAUCGUUGUACUGUUUGCAGCAUUGGUGGCCGUGUGCGCCUUCGCAGCUGCCGUGGACGGCGCCGGCGUGAAGGGUUCAGCGGGACCGCCGCCGAGGGCGCCACCAAACACCAAGAUGAUCCGCCCGGGGAAGAGGAACCAGGUGUCCAGCUGUGACAACCCCAAGGACCACAUCAAGCCUUGCAAUGCUACCUGCCCAAACCGCUGCGCCGAGGAGUGCCUCGUCCAAUGCUCCCCAGAUGAGGCUAUGAACUGCAAGACAUUCUGCCUGUGCGACUUCUACGGUGUCUGCGGAGACCCACGGUUUAUGGGCGCCGACGGCAACAACUUCUACUUCCACGGCAAGAAGGACCAAGACUUUUGCAUCGUCUCCGAUAACAACCUCCACAUAAACACCCACUUCAUCGGAAAGAGCAACCCCACCAUGAGCCGCGACUUCACGUGGAUCCAGGCUCUCGGCAUCCUCUUCGCCGACCACCGCUUGUACAUGGGUGCCCAGAAGACCGUCAAGUGGGACGACAAUGUUGACCGCCUCGAGCUCACCUUCGACGACAUGCCCAUCGAAAUCCCUGCCGAGGUUGAUGGACAGUGGCAAUCCACGGAAGUGCCUGCGUUGACCAUCAGGAGGACCUCCACCGCCAAUGGCCUCAGGGUCCAGCUCAAGGGAGUGUUCGACAUCAUCGCCAAGGUGGUGCCCAUCACGAAGAAGGACUCCCUCAUCCACAACUAUGGAGUGACCGAGGACGACUCCCUCGCGCACUUCGACCUUGGCUUCAGAUUCUAUGACUUAACCGAUGAUGUUCACGGUGUGCUCGGCCAGACCUACCGCACUGACUACGUCAACAAGCUUAGCGUGAGCGCCAACAUGCCAGUUAUGGGUGGUGCAUCUACCUACGUUUCUUCCGACAUCUUCGCAACCGACUGCAAGGUCGCUAGGUUCGGCCGCCACGCCGGAAUCUCCAUGGUUACUGGUCAGGCCAACUAA